UUGUGGGCAGGACCAAGGUACCAUCCUUUUUCGCCCUUGGGUUGCGACUUUGCUUUUCUUCUCGACUUGAACACGGCUGGUUUGAGAAACGGGUAUGUACACCCGACAGGCGGCGGUGGGGAGUCGUGGAACAUCUCGUAGGCGGAUUUGUCUCCCUCGUUUGAUUUAGUGGCGGUGCAGUUCAGCUGAUGACAUGCACACGAAAUGGCCUCGGCCCACAACCCGAGGUGGUUCGGUGUGUCGGGGAACAGUUGCGUCGCUUGGAUGCGUGACGCAAGCGCGGCAUCAGUGAUCAACCCUAGCGCUCUCUCCGCUACACCGUUGUAUUUUGGGGUGUGAGGGGG